GAGCCUGAACGCUGGCGUGCCGGCCUUAACUAUCUCAGCGCUGGUCUCACGGCGUUGGUUCCAUUAGAAUCGUCACCGCAGCAUUGUUUCGUCGAUCUGGUGGCUAGGUUGGGCUCGUGGGGCUGAGAGCCAUUUGCUAUUUUGGCAGAGCAAAAUCAUCACAGUGACGGCUUUCGCGCAGGAUCUGCCGAAACUUGUCAAAACGUCGCUCCAGGGUACUGCGACAACGCCUCACACAGCGCGCUGCGUAGCGGGCGCACUAAUAGAGGCAGCGGAGACAGCAGCUGUGCCACACCACACAUCGCUGCAGCAAGCUCGCCGCGGUGUGACGACCAAGACUCCGCAAUGACGCCAUCGAUCUUGCCACCCGCAACCUCGCUUCAGCUGCGCAAGCACCGCCACGCGUCGGCGCUGUCGACGACGCCGCUCAAAGGCGACAACGCGGACGAUUAUACUACACCUGUUUAUAUUGACGGCCAAGGACCGUUCAGCUUGAACGUGGACACGGGCAGCGCGCUCGUCGGCGUCGCGGGCAACGAAACCAUUGGUUGCGACCUCUUUUACGACUCGUCGGCCUGCGACGGCGGACCUAUCAAGGUCGUCUACGGCAGCGGAUUUUGGUCCGGCGUUGUGUGCGAGGCGACGGUGACGCUCGGCGCGUACAACGUCACGAAUUACAAGUUCGGCGCCUACCAAAAACAAAAGGCCAUGACGACCUGCGAGCGCACGCCCGAGGAGGACGCGACGUCGCCGCGCCACAUGACGCAGCCGCACAACUACAUGCAGGGCAUCGUCGGCCUCACGGCCGGCGAGGUCGGGCUCACCGCGGGCUCGCCGCCGUUGCUCGACGUGCUCUUCGCGACGCACGCGGACGUGGACCCCGUGUUCGGCCUGCAGUGCUGCGCUGUGUGGAAAUCAACAAGUGCGUCGGGUGCAACAAUUCUUCACUAAGUCAUUUCGCGGCAAUGACGCGGCCGUCCUGGCUCGGUCGAGCGGCGAGGAACCGGCAUCGCCACGCCAUCGAGGAGGCGUCGCGUCGAUGGCGUGGAGGACGACGCGAUGAUUCAGCACGAACGCGCCGUAAAAUUUUGAUUUCCACACAGGUGCUGCGGCUUCGACCGGGGCCGCGGCGGCGGCGGCGCGCUCGACGUCGGCGGCUUUGAUGCAAGGCGCUUCUACGGCGCCAUCCAGUGGGUGCCUAUCACCAAACGGCCCUACUGGGCCGUGCGCGCGACGUCCAUCCGGUUCGGCGCCGCCGACGUGCUGCCGGCCGACGUCGCCGCGAUCGACGCGUACGCCGACGGGACGGACCAGUCUAUAGUGGAUUCCGGCACUUCCGGCCUGGUCCUGCCGAAGCGGGCCUUCGACGCGGCCGUCGCGACGUUAUCUGCGGCGGCGCCGGACGUGCCGCGUGCGUUCUGGAAGGGCGAGGCCUGCGUGGAUGCGUCGAAGCUGGACCUAUCAUCUCUGCCAGAGCUGACAGUGUCCCUGGCGACGGAGGGAGAUGAUGUCGUGCUGACGAUGCCGGCGUGUCGCUACGUCAACCGCGUCCCGAAGACGAGCUAUUGCGCCGCGGAGGCGCCGCCGCGCAAGGAGGACGCCUACUUCUUCUCCGUCGGCCCCAUCGAGGAGGGCCGCAACGUCAUCCUCGGCCAGUCGCUCUUCGAGAGCUACUACGUGGCCCACGACAUGGGCGCGUCUCCGCGGGUGGGCUUCGCGCCGAUCCGGGGCUGCGACGCGGACGGUUGCGGGGUGCCCGCCGGGUCGCGCUUCGAGGUCCUCGGUUCGCGGUGGGCCGUCGUCGCCGCUCUCGUAUGUCUGCCGCUGGGCGCGUACCUUCGGUGGCGCCGCAAUCGUCGCCGCGACUACGCGGCGGUCGAGUCUUCUUCUGUGUGAAGAUGUGCUAAGUUUACCUAGAUUCUA